CUGGGUUGAUUUAGUUGGGAUUGGUCCUGCCUAGGGCAGGGAGCUGGACUUGAUGACCUUCUGAGGUCUCUUCCAGCUCUAUGGUUCUAUGGGCUCUAGUUUCCAGGAGCACAGAAGAGCACUAGAACCUUGUGGACCUCUUUGAGUCAUGGGGCGAUGAAUCUGAGCUCCUAACCAGCAAGGGGAACACAGGCAUUUAUGGGAAGAUUGCCAGAUGCCUGGUGGCGAACGGCUAUUCCAGUGAUGACCAGCAGUGCAGAGUCAAAUCAAGGCUCUGAGGCAGUCCUACCACAAGGCAAAGGGGGUGAGUGGAUGGUCUGAUGGAGCACCUCACAAAUGCUGCUACUAUGAGCAGCUGGAUGUGAUUUGCAGGGGAGGCCCAGCCAGCUUCCCCAGCAUGAUUGUGAUGUCCAGUCAUGAUACACCUGGCAGCAGUGUGGAAGACAGCAUGGUGGUGAAGUGGAAGGAGGAACAUGGCCAGCCAGUGAUCCCCGAGAGCCAAGAGCUGUUCAUGAUGCUGGAGCCAGUUCCCUACUCCCAGGAUGUCUCCCAAUUGAGCACCGACCCCAGGGAGGGCACUUCCAGUGAGUUCACAAACCUUUUCUUACUAAAGUGGGCGAAGGCAGUUGGGUAUGAUGUGCAGCAUGCUCUCUGCCUACACAAUGCGGGGGGUGGGAACAGCUUGUCAAUGUGUCUGCAGAUGGAGUGGGAGUCUUGCCUGCACAUCUCCAUGAAGCUCUCAGAUAGGCACUCUUUGAUCCUUCUCACAAGGUUUUUUGGGGAGGCCAGUCUUAUUCCAUCCUCUGCAGUAGGACACCUUCCCAUGCUGAGCCACCACUGGGACAGCAGCCAGCUCAGAGCAUACUCCCCGUCUUACAGCAUCUGCCUGCCUGGCUCAGCUCUGCAGGCAAAAGUGGAUAAGAGAGGACAUGUUCAGAGAGCAUGUGAACUGCAUGAACUCCCUAGUGGAGAAGCGGGCAAAGCACCUGCACUGGAUUGCUGAAUGCCAGGAGAGAAGAGCGGCCAGGGAGCAGCAGGAGACCAUGUUUGCCUCCCUGGAUGCUGUGAUGGAGCACUUGCCUUCAUGUCUGAAGAGGGCCUCCUCCCAGAACCCCAUCCACCCCGUCGACAACCCCAGUCCCUCCUCCCCCAGCCCUAUUUCUUCCACUCCCUUGGUCCCUAGAGGCUACUGGGGCCCCAGGAUAUGGGUGGAGAGGGGGGGACUCAAGGGCUGCCAUACACUCCAGAACCUCAGGAGGCAAAAGGCAGUUCCAUGGGUGUCCCUGAGCCUUCCUUCCCCAUUUAGGUUCCCAUUUCUUUCAUUUCCCUGCUAUUUUCCCCUAAU